GACCAUUCCUUGUUACAGAGUACAUACAUAUAUGUAUAUAUAUAUACCGUCCGGCAUCGCAUAUAGAGUAGCGUUUAUCUGCGCCAAUCCCAUUCUCCCAUCCGGCCCUGGAGUCAGCACCUUUUAACUCUGUUCCCGGUUGCUAGUCGCUGCGCCGUCCGUCGGAAUGACCAACAAUCGCCUCACCGGGCCUGAAGUCGCCAGGCACAACUCUGCAGAUUCGUGCUGGGUUAUCGUCCACGGCAAGGCCUACGACGUCACAGAUUUCCUCCCCGAACAUCCCGGUGGCCAGAAGAUCAUCCUCAAAUAUGCCGGAAAAGACGCAACCGAAGAGUUCGAACCCAUCCACCCUCCAGACACCCUCGACAAGUACCUCCAUCCCUCAAAGCAUCUCGGGCCCGUCGAUAUGAAUACCGUCAUGCAGGAAGACAAGGGCGUCGACCCGGAAGAGGAGGCACGUCAAGAACGAAUAAGGCGGAUGCCCUUGCUCGAGCAAUGCUAUAACCUGAUGGAUUUUGAAGCCGUCGCACGCAGGGUCAUGAAGAGAACCGCCUGGGGCUACUACUCGAGUGGUGCCGAUGACGAAAUCACCAUGCGCGAGAAUCAUUCUGCUUUUCACAAGAUCUGGUUCCGUCCUCGAAUACUAGUCGACGUUGAGAAUGUUGACAUCUCCUCGACCAUGCUGGGCGCCCCUGUUUCCGUCCCGUUCUAUGUUACCGCCACUGCCCUCGGCAAACUUGGCCAUCCCGAAGGUGAAAUCUGCCUCACCAAAGCUGCCGCAACCCACGACGUCAUCCAGAUGAUCCCAACCCUGGCAUCCUGUUCCUUCGACGAGAUUGUCGAUGCGGCGAUGGACAAGCAGACCCAAUGGCUGCAGUUAUACGUAAACAAGGAUCGUGAAGUGACACGGAAGAUUGUGCAGCACGCUGAGAAGCGAGGUUGCAAGGGCCUGUUUAUCACCGUCGAUGCCCCGCAGCUGGGUCGACGGGAGAAAGAUAUGCGGUCCAAGUUCUCGGACCCUGGAACAGAUGUCCAACGGACAGACAGCAAUGUAGACCGGUCCCAGGGUGCUGCGAGGGCCAUCUCCUCUUUCAUCGACCCUUCCCUUUCCUGGAAGGAUAUCCCGUGGUUUCAAUCCAUUACCAAGAUGCCUAUUGCGUUGAAAGGAGUGCAGCGCGUUGAUGACGCCCUCCGUGCCGUCGAACUUGGUGUCCCUGCCAUCGUUUUGUCAAAUCACGGCGGUCGACAGCUCGAAUUUGCGCCGUCUGCGGUUGAGCUCCUGGCCGAGGUUAUGCCGGCCCUACGAGCCCGCGGAUGGGAGAAUCGCAUAGAGGUCUACAUAGACGGUGGUAUCCGACGGGCCACAGAUAUCAUCAAAGCCCUGUGUCUCGGCGCAAAGGGAGUUGGGAUCGGUCGGCCAUUCCUCUAUGCCAUGAGCACAUACGGAGUGCCCGGCGUUGAGCGCGCGAUGCAGCUGCUCAAGGACGAGAUGGUGAUGAACAUGAGAUUGUUGGGUUGCACGAGCGUCGACCAACUGACUCCCGACCUACUCGAUAUUCGAGGUUUGGGACAUCAUUCCGUGCCAAACCCCGUGGAUAGGCUUGCGGAGUCGGUCUAUGACCCGCUGGUUACGCCGUCAGAUAGGCCUCCUGCGUCAGUUGGUGGUGGGUCGAAGUUGUAGAAUAUUCAGCUAAUAGUUAUGCUGGCCUGAUUUUGAGCUUGAGCGUUUCUUGUUUGGUUUAUGCUACAUAUUAAUCUGCCACUGGCGUUACUAGCGCGGCCUCUUUUUUAUUUUUUAUUUUAUUUUAUUUUAUUUUAUUUUAUUUUAUUUUUUGCUGUUCUGUGGAUGCUUAACUACCCUGUAAAUGCCAUCAUAUUAAUGAGAAUUGCUCCGUAUGUGAGAGUGACCUCCAUCCUCUUAACCUCUCCAUUCCCUUUCGCAACCUGAAGGUUCUCAUGAUUGGAAAUUGUUCUUGUCAUUAGCUCACCAUCCUUUCGUUUCGCCUGCGCUUGAGGCUGGUCGUGUUGAUUAUAUAAUCAUAUUUCGUCGACUGGCUGGCCAGCUUCACUCCCAGCGAU